AUGGCAACGAUCGCAAUCCUUGUCGGAUGCGCUGCUUGGUGGGCCGUAAACCACGUGAUCAAAGAGCCCUGCCACACGCGCUUUCGCAACCAGCUGCGUAUGCUGCCAAGCACGUUUAACUCUUAG